CAUGUGAUUUGCAUCAGUCAAGUUUCAACUUCAAUUCUUCAAAAUUAUUGGGGUGUUUGUUCGUUUAUUUCGUUUUUAUCCAUGUUCUGGGAGCUAGAAAAAUCCUCUAGUUUAUGGCGAAUCGUGCCAAAAGUUGGGAAACGUUGAAAUGAUUCACAAAACUAAAUGGAUUCAUUGAUAUUGUCUUUGAAAUAUUUGACUCAUAUUUCGUACUUGACGUUUCACGUUUGUUGACAUUGUGACCUGGGGUUUGUUAAGAAAUUUGAGCAUUUCGAGAAAGAAUAUGGUUGUGAAAUCUACGGAGGAGAUAUCUUCAGAUUUUGAUAUCGGACAGUUUUUAAACUCCUAUGAUUCAUUAAAAGGACAGGUCAAUGAAUUAAAUGAAAUUCUUCAAGCAACGAACGUACUAAGAAGGUGAGUUGCCCCAUGAAACAACUGAAGGAAGUAAAGUCAAACUUAGUAAAAGUGGGUUUCAGUUAAUUGCGUUACAGGGUAACAGAUGGUUGACAUAAUAUAGCCUACAUAGCUGACACCUGGCGGGUUUCCUCAACCCCAACCAUUCAAAACAGCCAGCCCUGACUGGAAAGUUUGGAAAUUGCGCAACCGAGAUUUCAAAAAUUUAAUAGUAAAUAUAUUUAUAAAAUAACAUGUAUAUAACGCGUGCUCUGAUUGGUCGAAACCCGUGUUUGGAUCAGGCCAUCCAAACACGGAAACCAUAAAGUAAUUGUAUAAGGAAACAUAAAAAUUGUGCACCCAAUAUCUUGGUUUGUGCGAUACAAACUUUUCACACUGGCAGCCAGCUGCGCAGGUUAACAUGAUAGGACCCAUGUAUUUAUUCACCAUUUAAAAAUUACUGUUAGGUGGGACGUACCAUCAGUGUCAUUUCUUUGCUGUGUGUUUGUGAUGACAUUAUGCAUCAGCUUUCCUGGUAUGUACACAUUUCAAACAUUUAUUUAUUUAUUUAGCUUUUGCCAACUAGGGCAGGGUCACCACAACAACAUAUGCCAUUUACAGUGGGCCCCUUUUACCUAACCCACGCUGUCAACUUUCCCUGUGGGAGGAAACCGGAGUAGUACCGGAGAAAACCCAUGACUUUCAGCAGAGCGUUGACUUUUACUCUUCACAUGAGGACUGGGUUCGAGUCGCAUUGAGACCCUCGGAGGUGAAAGGCAAGUGUGCUAACCAUUUUGCCAGCAAAGCCCCAUAACUCUAGAUAUUUGGCUGCUAGGCUGAUGAUCAACACAGUUUUCCGUGCUUCAGAUAAUUAUAUGCAUGCGUGAUAAACUUCAGAUAUGAUAAUAUAUUAAAAAUAUUCUGAUAAAUCAGGCAUGAAGAUACCGCAUGGAUUACAAUUGGGUUGCAAAAUCUAUGUACAGUAAUUUGUUCAAGCAUUGUAUUUAUUCUGAAGAGUAUCGUGAGUGAUAGUGGAAUUAAUGUUACUCAAUUAUUUAAUUAAAAAUAAUAUUCAUUUUAAAAAUUUUGACAUUAGUUGUAUUUGCAUAAAUUUAUUGUAAUCAAAGAUAUAUUAAUAUUCUUUGUUCUACUUCAUUGUUAUUUGACACAUAACUUGUACAUCUGGUAUACAUUAUAUUGCUUCUACCCAGCUCUCCCCGAAAGAAUGCUGAAAAUAUUUCCAAUACUUUACCUGGUUUCUGUCAUCAUCUUCAAUCAUGAAAAACCUCCUUUUGUAGAAUUUCUGUUUGCAUUUUGUCUCUCACCAAUUCUGCUGGUGAUUCUUGUGACGUAUGUAAAGAGUUUAGGAGAAUCAAAACAAGUGAGGCAUAUUGUUGUCAUGGCAGUAGAAAGCGAGGAAGAAAGCCUGGUAAGAUUAUUAGUUGCCGGCGCCCUCCCCUUGACGAAUAAAAUUGUCUGGCAUUAGACAGAGUAAAAGUAUGGUUCUGAACUAUUGUCUGUCCUGGUAUGGAUACUGGGUAAUGAGAUCUCACUAUCCAGUCCAGAUAUCCAGCCGGUAUAUACUGUAUGAUAUCCGGUGCAUCCCUACUUUUUAAAUUUGCAAACAUUGUAUAUCUCCAUAGAAACGUAAACAAGAGAUUAUUGAAAGAUCAAGAAGAGAUUUAAGAAGAUUUGUGAACGUGUAGGUACACUGGUUGUCUCUUUUUCUUGGCAGUUUAUCGUCUGAGUGUUAUUGGGUAUAUUUUAUCUGUUUUUAUUUCAACAAUAGUUUGUGUGAAAUCCAACAAUUCAUGGAGGUGGUAUAUGGCAAACUAAUGUUCAUACAGAGGUAACUAAGAUUUCCCCUUUAAAAAUCAUGUUUUUUAAACCUUGUUUUAGACAGCUACACAACUUGUAAUGCAACAUAACAUGAUUUUGGGUGGCAAAUGCUUAUAGAGCUAAAUAACAUAAAAAAACAUACACAACAUCCAUGAGCUUGUUGUGGGUUUUUCUCCCACAAAGAAGUUUUGGUAAUACCACAUGAAAUUAAUAAAAUAUAAUCAUUAUUAUAACUUUUAGCCUGUUUUUGUGGAAGGAUCCGCAACUAACCAUAAGGUCAGUGUCUUCUUAUCAGAACUAUCGUGAUAUUAAAUUAAAGUAAUUAAAAUGCUAAAUGUUACGAUAAACAGUUUUUUAAAAUGAAACAUUUUGUGCUAAUUUUAGAUUUCUUGUAUGUAUUUUCGUGCUGAUGUUGCUUUUGAGCUUUGUGCCAUUGUCUCUUUUUUUCCUGGCAUCUUUUCUCUAUAUCUUGUUAAAUAAUGAUGAAUUCAGGAAGGGUAAGAAUGACAAAAGAAUGUGAUUAUUAUUAUUCAUUUCCAUUAUAUUAAUUUCUAUUAUGAUUCUUUGAAGAAUGUAUAGUAUAACAUAUGCGCCCAAUUUUCGAAUUGUCAAAACUGUAAACCUAAGUAGUAUUUUACAGAUUCUGGUUUAUGCUCUUCCUUUGUGAUGCAAUGCAAACAAAUUUAUGUGCACUCCUUACUAGCAGUGACUUUCUAUUUUUUAGUUGUUUCUGAGAAUUUAUCCGUUUUUAUGCCAAAUGUGCAGGGUAAAAUAUACGGCGAAAAAGAUAAUGAAGACAACAAUCCUUUGGAGUGUGUAAGUUCUGUACAUGUGUAUUCAUAAUAUAAACUUCAAGAUGUUCUUGAGGAAACGCCACAGCUGCUUUCCAUUUAAUGUCCAGAUCUUCUGUCUCUGUAUUUAUUAAUAUAGUAACGGCAAACCUGCAGACAACUUAAUAGUUGAUGCACUUUAUAUUACGUGAAUUUGAAAAUUUCGUAUUAAUUUAAUAACAAUUAACAUUAAUUUACAGUAUAUUAUAUUAUAUUUUAUAACCGAGUAUUUACAAACUGUUUAAAACGUGCAAUAUUUCGUGUAGUAUGAUGCUGGCAGUAUUGUUGAAAGUGAGAACAGUUCAUUUGAAGAUGAGACGAGUGGCAGUGAUGAAGACAGUAUGGACAAGAACAAUGUAAGCUUUACCGACUUAUUCACAAAACUGAAAUAUGUCUUCAUCACAAAGCUUACGAGUUUUAAAGAAAGCAUUUUGUCUUAUAGGCCGUGCAUGACCACCUAUAAAAUUCAAACGUGGCCCUGCACAUGGCGGUUGGACGGCCGCCUGAAAUUCUACAAAAACAUUGGGCUUUUGCCUAACACUUAUUGUGGCAUAACAAUGGUGCAUCGAUUCACGAUUUAGUGAUUGGAAUGUUCCAUUUUCUUUUGAUUGUUUUGAAAAUUCCACUGUUCUCCAUGUCAUCCAGUCAUGCAUCGGUGGUCAUUGAUGCAUACAAUCUUUUGUGCAUUUUCUUCUUCGUUGCUCACAGACAAUGGAUCGUAGAACAUCGCCGAUUAAUGAGAAUCAGGCUUAAGCAAAGGGCGUGUUAUGCCGAGUUGAUAACCGUUUCCUAAGUAUCUCACUAGGCGAGACCUUAAUAAUUUAUUACUACUGCCCAUGCAAGUGUUCAUGAAACAAAGAAGUGCUUUCUUGCUCUUUCUAGGUUGGCCAAAGUCCAGAAAAACGCUCAAGUAAGGAUUUCAUUAGUCUUGUUGGAUUUAUAUACGUAUCAUUUGCUAAUUACAGUUUAUAUAUCGAAAGGCGCAACCGUGAAGUAAUAUAAUAUAAGCUUGUAGAUAGAACAAUGUACAACAUAUUGACUUAUCGUGUAUUUAUAUAGAGUCGCUUGUGUCACAUCUCAGUGAAUACAGAAGGCGACGGCAGGAGUUGAAGAAAGGUAUACUUUUAUUAUAACGAAUGUUCAAUGUUGUGCUUGAUGCAUUAUUGUCUGAAGGGACAUCUCUGUCUGAUCUCCGUAAGCAUAAAGUGCUUUUAUUUUUUAUCUUCAUAUUAGAAACUUAAAGUGUUUAUAACUUGUUAAUUGUUAGGAAACUGUGCAGCCUGUGAAGUUGCAUUUUCGUCGCUUCUUACAAGAAGGGUAAGUGAAGAUUAUCAGAAAGAUUUUGUUUCUAAACAGAAUUGGAACGAUACACUGGGAGUUGCGGUACACACUGAUUAUUAGUGCAUUACACCUCUGCAUGGGAUGGGGGCUGGACGGUUGCCCAAUGCAUGCAUGCAGUUAAUUGUAGGGGGUCUACCUUUCCAAACAGGCUGCCGGAGCACCGGCGGGUGUUAUGAGGUUUACUGCCCUCUACUUUCUUUAACCAAUACCACAGUGUGCAUCCGUCUCACUUUAUUCGCUGUCGGUGGUUAUAAAGUACACUGGAUUUCGGCAUAACUUACUGUACCCACGGUUUGUGGCUGUAAAGUACGAAAGACUCUGGUUGAUUUAAACCUAUUUUGUGUAGAGAUACUGUCGGCGAUGUGGAGAUAAGUUUUGUUCAAAAUGUUGCAGACAUAACGUGAAGAAAGCUGCCCUCGGUGCAACUGGUAGGUUUUGUGUGCAACUGGAGAUUUUCAGUUGCCCAUUAUAUCUAUGGUAAGCAACUUCUAGUCUUCUGACGAAGCAACUUCUAGUCUGGUAAGCAACUUCUAGUCUUCUGACGAAGCGCAUGUCUCGAAACGUCUGACUCAAUAUACCAAACAAAGUAGUUUUUCUUCGGGUACUCCGGGUUCCUUUUGCAGUGACAUUGUACCAGUAAGGUUGACAUUGUACCAGUAAGGUUGACAUUGGACCAGUAAGGUUGACACUGACUGGACAUCCAGGGACGGCAGUUUAAAACUGACAGAGCUAGCCAGUUGAAAGUUACUCGUAGUUUUACCAACAGCAGGAACAUUCGUGCAGGUCCAAUCGAAGUCACAUCAACACUUAUUUCUUUCAGCCCCUGGGUCACGUGACCAGCGCGUUCUCGUGUGUAACGAUUGCUAUGGCAAACUGCGACUUGCGAAAGCUCCCGACUAAAGCUGCUCGUGAACAGUCGUGAUGUCUGAGAUGGGAGAGCCUGAAGAUGAGACUACAAGAUGCAGUAUAGAUGACAGUCCAGGAUGCACAAGACACGGCUGGAGAUUAUAUAUCGACCAAUGGAUCCUUGCUGUGUAACCACAUAAGCCUAAAAAUCGCCUCCUUUGGAGCAACGUAUGCACACAGAGUAACCAUAGUAACGCUUCUGUCAGUUAUACUGUAGGUGCUAUACCGCAUGAACCGUAAGUAAAUAAAAAUAUUUUUACUAAAUAUUGUUGUGUGAUACUUUGCUUGGUAUAGUUGUGUGAUCAUCUGACGUCCAAGCCAGUUCUAAUCAGUUGCUAGGGCGUCGGAGCUAACUAUUCGAGAAAGCAGAUUUUCCUGUUACGCGGUUUUGGAAUAACUCACUCAAAUCAUGAACAUAUUAUUAUAAAUAAUGAAUUCUAUUUUUUAAGUAAAUAUUGUGCCUAUACAGAAAGCCAGUAGGCCCAGUAACUUAUCAGUUUCUAGCAUGAAGUAGUCAUAAUAAAAAAAUUUCACUUAUUAAUGGUGUACUAACAAAGUCACUUUGUUUAGUGCUAUUGUCGUGCAACCAUGCCAUAUAGUUUCGAUUUUCUAUAAGUUUGGUUUUAAACGUCUUUCUGUGUAUCGUUAUUCAAUUGUCAAUAUGUUAUCCAAGCGGCUCAGUUUCCUUCAUCAGCCAGCGGUAAGCAGCCGUUUUCCCCUGCUCGUGCAACAUCUCGCCAACUUUUUCACGGCACAUCUCAUGGUAAUCGUUUAACCAAUUCACCUGAG